GCGGCGGGGAUAGCGCCGAGCGCCCGAGCCCUGCGCCCCAGCCCCAGAGACAGCCGCGGGUCCCGAGGGCGCCGGUGCCCGAGGACCACGACAGCACCAGUCUUUCCUCUCCCUCCCCGUCCCUGCCCGGCCGCGCACUCCUCCCCCUGCUCGCGACUGUGUGUCAGCACUUGGCUGGAGACUUCUUGAACUUGCAGGGAGAGUGACUCGUGCUCCCCGCUCGCUCCCGUGCCUCUCGCCAGCGGAUUCAGCCGCGUCGUCCCCGAGCCCCACCACCCCGCCGCCAGGCCGACCCGGGACGCUGCUCCCAGCGCGAGAAGGCGACUGUGCGGCCAGGGAAGGGGACGGACACCGGGCCCCUGCGCCGGGCCCUUCGGACAGAGCUUUUUCCAUGUGGUGGCUCUUUCAAUGGACGUGUCUCCGCGUGCUUCCUAGACGGACUGCGGUCUCCUAAAGGUCGACCAUGGUGGCCGGGACCCGCUGUCUUCUAGCGUUGCUGCUUCCCCAGGUCCUCCUGGGCGGCGCGGCUGGCCUGAUUCCCGAACUGGGCCGCAGGAAGUUCGCAGCGGCGUCGGGCCGCCCCUCGUCCCAGCCCUCGGACGACAUCCUGAGCGAGUUCGAGUUGAGGCUGCUCAGCAUGUUCGGCCUGAAGCAGAGACCCACCCCCAGCAGGGACGCCGUGGUGCCCCCUUACAUGCUGGACCUGUACCGCCGGCACUCAGGCCAGCCCGGCGCGCCCGCCCCGGACCAGCGGCUCGAGAGGGCGGCCAGCCGCGCCAACACGGUGCGCAGCUUCCACCACGAAGAAUCUUUGGAAGAACUGCCAGAAAUCAGUGGGAAAACAACCCGGCGAUUCUUCUUUAACUUAAGUUCUAUUCCGACCGAAGAGUUUAUCACCUCAGCAGAACUUCAGGUCUUCCGGGAACAAAUGCAGGAAGCUUUGGGAGACAAUACCAGCUUCCAUCACCGAAUUAAUAUUUAUGAAAUUAUAAAACCUGCAGCAGCCAACUUGAGAUUCCCUGUGACCAGACUUUUGGACACCAGGUUGGUAAAUGAGAACACAAGCCGCUGGGAGAGUUUUGAUGUCACCCCCGCUGUGAUGCGCUGGACCGCGCAGGGACACGACAACCAUGGGUUUGUGGUGGAAGUGGUCCAUUUAGAGGAGAAGCAUGAUGUCUCAAAGAGGCACGUGAGGAUUAGCAGGUCUUUACACCAGGAUGAACACAGCUGGUCACAGAUACGGCCCCUGCUAGUAACUUUUGGCCACGAUGGGAAAGGGCAUCCUCUACACAAAAGAGAAAAGCGUCAGGUGAAACACAAGCAGCGGAAGCGCCUGAAGUCCAGCUGUAAGAGACAGCCUUUGUACGUGGACUUCAGUGAUGUGGGGUGGAAUGACUGGAUUGUGGCCCCUCCGGGGUAUCAUGCCUUCUACUGCCAGGGGGAAUGCCCUUUUCCGCUGGCCGAUCACCUCAACUCCACUAAUCAUGCCAUUGUUCAGACCUUGGUCAACUCUGUGAACUCUAAGAUCCCUAAGGCAUGCUGUGUUCCAACGGACCUCAGUGCUAUCUCCAUGCUGUACCUUGACGAAAAUGAAAAGGUCGUGUUAAAGAACUAUCAGGACAUGGUUGUGGAGGGUUGUGGGUGUCGUUAGCACAGCAAAAUAAAAUAAAAUAAAUAUAUAUAUUUUAGAAAAAAGCCAAAAAAAAACCCCAAACAGAACCAGUUGACACUUUAAUAUUUCCCAAUGAAGACUUUAUUUAUGGAAUGAAAUGAAAAAAAACACAGCUAUUUUGAAAAUAUAUUUAUAUCUACGAAAAGAAGUUGGGAAAGCAAAUAUUUUAAUCAGAGAAUUAUUCCUUAAAGAUUUUAAAAUGUAUUUAGUUGUACAUUUUAUAUGGGUUCAACCCCAGCACAUGAAGUAUAAUGGUCAGAUUUAUUUUGUAUUUAUUUACUAUUAUAACCACUUUUUAGAAAAAAUAGCUAAUUUGUAUUUAUAUGUAAUCAAAAGAAGUAUUGGGUUUGUAUAUAAUUUUCCAAAAACUAGUUGUUUUCAGUUGUGUGUAUUUAAGAUGAAAAUUCUACAUGGAAGGUUACUCUGGCAAAGUGCUCAGCACAUUUGCUUUUUUUUUUUUGCAGCGCUACUGUUAAGUUCACAAGUUCAAGUCCAGAAAAAAAAAGUGGAUAAUCCACUCUGCUGACUUUCAAGAUUAUUAUAUUAUUCAAUUCUCAGGAAUGUUGCAGAGUGGUUGUCCAGUCCAUGAGAACUUUCGUCCUUAUUAGGUGGAAUAUUUGGAUAAGAAUCAGACAUUACUGAUGUGAUACAGAAUCCCUUCCCAUGCCCCUUAAUUUGCAGAAAGAAUAAAACAGGACCAAUAGAAAUAAUUAGGAAAAUGAUAAACAUGCAACAGAGUGAAUGAUGGUUUCUUGUUCUUCUUUCCUAAACUAGGGAUCCCUUUCAGGGGGCUGAUCUGGCCAAAGUAUUAAAUAAAACAUGUCUUCAUUGUUGAUAUUGUGGUCAUGUAUAUUUAAAAUUGAUAGCUCGUGGCCCUCAUCAAGAGUUAAAAAUGGAUUUUUAAUUUACUUUUUCCUCAUCGAGGAGCUGUUUAUGGCUCCAAAGUACUCAAUUUUCUAACUUUGCCCCAGACACAACAAAAUUGUUCACAUCAUGUUUGCUGCCUGCACCCUGUUCUCCGACUGAUCAGCUUGCUUUUCUUUCCAAGGUUACGUAUUUUGAAUACAUUUCUCCAAAUGUUAAACCUAUUUCAGAUAAUAAAUAUCAAAGCUCUGGCAUUUCAUUCCUUAGAGUCCAA